CCUGUGGCGCCUCGCGGAGCAGCGGGACUGCUUUUCCUGCUGCACAACGCGCGCGUCACAUCUCAGGCUGGAAAUGUCGGACGGAGGCGGCGUGGAGCCGGGCUCGACCUUCAUGGACCCCUUUAAGGGGCUCCUGGUGGGCUACCUCAUGCCCGAGUCCUGCUACGACGAGUUCUUCCUGAACUGGAACCUGCUGGACGUUCCGUGUCUGAAGACCGUGGUCAGCAAGGCUCUGGGGAUCGGGAUCAUCCUGGGAUCAGUGAUGGUGAAGCUGCCUCAGAUCCUGAAGCUGAUGGGGGCGAGGAGCGCCGAGGGUCUGAGCUUCAGCUCGGUGCUGCUGGAGCUGCUGGCCAUCACCGGGACCAUGGUGUACAGCGUCAGCAACCGCUUCCCCUUCAGCUCCUGGGGCGAGGCUCUGUUCCUGGCGCUGCAGACCGUGUCCAUCGGCUUCCUGGUCCAGCACUACGGCGGGAGGACGGGCCGAGGAGUCCUGUUCCUGCUGGUCUACGUCUCCCUGCUGGUCCUGCUGCUGUCUCCUCUCACGCCGCCGUCCCUGGUCACGUCCCUGCAGGCGUCCAACAUGCCGGCCAUCAUCGUGGGAAGGCUGAUCCAGGCAGCCACUAACUUCCGGAACGGCCACACCGGCCAGCUGUCCGCUGUCUCCGUCUUCCUGCUGUUCGCCGGAUCCCUGGCCCGCAUCUUCACCUCCCUGCAGGAGACGGGGGACUCCCUCAUGGCUCUCACCUACGUGGUCUCGUCCUCCUGUAACGGCGUCCUGGCCCUGCAGGUCCUCUACUACUGGAACAGCGCUCCGGAACGCCGGAGGAAGAAGAAGAAGAAGAAGGAGUGAACACACACACACACACACACACACACACACACGAAGCGUGUAGCGCUGCUCGGACCACACAGCUCCGUCCAGGUGAAGAAGAGUCCCGGUCCCGGUCCCGGUCCCGGUCCCGGUCUAACAUUCCUCCUGCUGUGUGAAGACUCCUGUUCAAGUGUUGGAACGUUGAAACUCCUCCAACGGUCUUUGGUGUGCAGAAUGGAUGAGAGUGUGUGUGAGAGUGUGUGUGUGUGUGAGAGAGAUGAGAGACCGUCUGGACCUGGAUCAUAUCUGUGGCACUGAUUUCUGUUCAAUUUCAUUCCAAAUGUAAAGAAAUGAAAGGUCCAAUAAAUGAAUGGAUG